AGAUACAGAAAGACGCCGUGAAAUAGUUGAAUUUUUACGAAAGUAGAAUAGUGAUGAAUUAUUUUAAAUCGAGAUAGAUUUUAUACAAUUUUUCGUAUCGUAGAGUAUGUAGUUCUAUUCGUAAUUUAAUCCAUAAUAUUAUGGUUGUGAUUUGUGAAGUAAUCAGUUUAAUUUUAAAUCAAAAAGGUUGUGCGAGUGAUCAAUAAUGCAUCUAAUCAGUGAAAUAUUUUACUCAGUGCACUUAUCAGGGUCCAAGUACACGAAAUGCUGUGAUAAAACUUGACAUGUCGUCGAGUAUAUGUAUUCAAAAUCUGUCGAACUAGACAAUCCAAUAUGAACGUUACUAUGUGGAUUUGUUCGGUGCUCGUAAUCCUCUCCAUUGUACCCAAUAUCAUCGGGUACCUGAUCAUCGUAAAUCAUGAUUCAAAUCCGGAUACGGAGAUUUUCGACGGAACGCUGUCAAAUUACAAAGAGCCGACGAGGAAGUAUUACAUGAAUGUCGAUAAAAGCGCAUCAUUCGUCGAGAAACUCGUACAAGUCAAUUCAUCCACCGGAUCAGUGACGCUGAAAAGGAGGUUAGCUUGCGAUGGAAUCGAAUAUCCCAAUGUGUUUACGCUGUACAUUGAUUCUACAUGUAACGAUAUUUACGAAUAUGUAUCUAUACCGUUGAAAGUUUACAUUCACGGUUGCGAAACUAGGGGUAAAAUUAAAGAAACAUCGAGCGAUUACUUUAGUACCAAAAUAUCAGCGUUGAAACAAAUGUACAGCGAAAGUUUGGUAUCCUAUGCUCUUCCUGGCACAAGCGUUCCUGCUUUCGAUCCACUAUGGGAAACAUGUUUUCGGAAAAGUCAACUGGUCAUGGGUUUAGAAAAUUACGUUAUUCCUCGAGCCAUCACAUCUCAAUGUAGGAUACAUUAUGUGGACGUUAUGGAUUCGAGACUAUCCAUCGAAACCAGCGUAGGCGAUUUGGUAGCAGCGUAUGACUUUUGCACACCACUCGAUCCUCCUUGGAAAGUAAAAAUCGUCUAUUCGUACGAAUGCGAUGAAAAUACAACCACAAAUAUCGUAUACCCAGCGGUACACUAUGUCAAGGUUGUAUUUUGGCAUCGUAAAGAAAAAAAUGAAAUCGGACGCGUUCGACGAGAUUUACAAAACGGAGGUAGCACCGACAGUAAAAUACCUCAAUUUGAAAAGCCUCUGUAUGUGGCACCAGUACUGGAAGAGCAACCACCCGGAACUAAUGUGUGCACCGUUCAUGCGAAAAGUGCCGAAGGAGGAGAGAUCUCUUAUCAGAUGAUCCCAUUGUUGGAUGGCAGAUCGCAUGCCAUGUUUAAUAUAGAUUCGGAGUCCGGAGUUGUGACCACAUCUGUAUCUUUAGAUAGAGAGCAACUGGACGUACAUUAUUUUCGUAUUCAAGCCGUCGAUUUAUCUAAUCGACCAUAUUCUGCCACGACUACAUUACAAAUUAAUGUAUUAGACGUCAACGAUCACGCUCCAAUAUUCGAAGUAGCUAAUGGCGAAUACGAGGCUAGCGUCAGAGAAUCAGUCCCAGUUGGUUCAAUUGUAACCACUGUCAGAGCAACAGAUAAGGACAUAGGACGAAAUGGAGAAAUCGAAUACGAAAUACGUAGCAUCGAUGGAGGUGGCAUUGGAAACACUUCUUCGGAUACUUUUAAUUUAGAUUCGGUGACUGGCGUUUUGACCACUAGAGCAGUCCUGGAUAGAGAAACGACCGAAGUUUACACGAUCAUUAUUACCGCUACCGAUAGAACAGUGCCUGCUACAGAUAGAAAAUCUGCUACCGGAACUAUUGUUGUCAAGGUUCUGGACGAGAACGAUAACUAUCCUCAAUUCGCCGAACGAACGUAUACGGUUUUUGUAGCCGAAGAUUUGAAUCCGAAUCUGAAUCCUAAAAUUGCUACCAUCAAAGCCACAGAUGCUGAUCAGGGUCAAAAUGCAGCCAUAAGGUAUGCGAUUAUCGGAGGCAAUACACAAGGACAGUUUUCCAUCGACAGUCAAAAUGGAGAUAUAUCUUUAGACAAACCGCUAGAUUACGAAACUAUGAAAAAUUAUAGACUGGUUGUAAGAGCUCAAGAUGGUGGAACCCCGAGUCGAUCCAAUACCACUCAGGUGUUAGUUAAUGUGAAGGAUGUGAACGACAAUGCACCGAGAUUCUACGCAUCAUUGUUUCAAGAAUCUGUUCUGGAGAAUGUGCCGGUGGAUUAUAGUAUCGUUCGAGUUCAAGCUUAUGACGCAGACGAAGGUGAAAAUGCCGAUUUGACGUAUACAAUUGGCGAAAGAGAUGUGCAAGGUACUCCAGCUAGCGAUUUACCGAUUGCUGUGAAUGAGAAAACUGGAUGGAUUCAUACUACCAAACCCUUGGAUCGUGAAGUGAACAGUAAAUUCCAGUUUCAGAUAAUUGCACGUGAUAACGGAAACCCUCCAAAAUCAGCUACAACCAGCGUAGUAAUCAAUAUCCAAGACGUUAACGAUAACGAUCCUGUAUUCAAUCCAAAAAAUUACGAAGCCGUCGUAUCAGAAUCCGAACUCCCCGGUACACCUGUAGCUAAUGUGGUAGCCACUGAUCCGGACGAGUCACCUAGAUUACAUUACGAAAUAGCAAAUGGAAAUACUCGAGGACGUUUCGCCAUAACAACGCAAAAUGGUAAAGGAUUAAUUACUGUGACACAGCCUUUGGAUUACAAACAGGAGAAGAGAUUCGUUUUGACGAUCCGAGCUGUCGAUUCCGGUGGACGUUUCGAUACAGCUACAGUUUACGUGAACAUCUCAGACGCGAAUAAUUUCCCCCCGGUAUUCGAUAACGCUCCUUAUACAGCAAGUAUUUUCGAAGACGUGCCUGUCGGAACCACCGUUCUAGUUGUGGCUGCCAGCGACAACGAUGUCGGUCAAAAUGCUCAAAUAACUUAUUCACUGGCUAGCGGUAUCGGUGAAGCUCCAGAAUUCACCAUUAAUCCCCAAACCGGCGCCAUUAUCACCACAAAACCACUGGACAGAGAAGUGCAAAGCGGUUAUUUACUCACAGUGACUGCCAAAGAUGGCGGAGUGCCGCAAUUAUCCGAUACAACGGAUGUGGAAAUAUCCGUAUCUGACAUAAACGACAACGCUCCGGUCUUUUUGAAAUCUAGUUACACCGGAUCGGUAUCCGAAGACUCGUUGGUAGGCACCAGUGUACUGCAGGUAGCGGCGAACGACAUAGAUACCGGAUUAAAUAGCCGGAUCCGGUAUGCUUUGAAGGAAGAUGUCGGCGCUUUCGUUAUUGAUCCGACAUCCGGUGUUAUUCGUACUGCCACGCCAUUGGAUCGCGAAAGUAUCGCUAGGUACGAGAUCCACGCGCUAGCUAUUGAUAGAGGAACGCCACCCAUGUCGAGUUCGGUUUUGGUUACAGUUCGUAUAGAAGAUGUGAACGAUUCGCCGCCGGCGUUUGAAUCGGAUAAAUUGACUUUUUAUAUCGCCGAAAAUUCGCCUAUCGGUUCGGUCGCUGGUAUUCUAUAUGCCAAAGAUCUCGAUGAAGGGCAAAAUGCCGAAGUUACCUAUUCACUCAUUGGCGGCGAAGAUGUGAAUUCGUUUUCGCUUUCAAGAAGACCCGGUUCCGAUAAAGCUGAAAUACUGACGUUGAUCGAGUUAGAUUACGAAUCAUCGAAGAAAAAAUACGAUUUAGUGGUCCGAGCUGCAUCUCCUCCUCUUCGAAAUGACGCUCGUGUUGAAAUCCUGGUGACCGAUGUGAACGACAAUGCACCCCAGCUGAAAGAUUUUCAUGUGAUAUUCAAUAAUUUCAAAGAUCAUUUCCCCGUCGGACCAUUUAGCAGGGUACCUGCUUUUGACGCUGAUGUAUCGGAUAAACUGAGGUAUCACAUAUUAUCCGGUAACAACGCCAAUCUUAUCCACUUGAACGAAUCAACUGGUCAGCUAACGUUAUCUCCGCAAUUGAACACCAAUGUGCAAAAAACUGCUUUCAUCGAAGUAUCAGUCUCGGACGGUAUUAACGAAGUGAAAGCAACUAUGCAGCUUUUAGUGAGGCUAGUAACUGAUGAAAUGCUAUAUAGCUCGGUAACAGUACGAUUGAAUGAUAUGACCCAAGAAGUUUUCCUAUCCCCUUUGCUAUCUUACUUCAUCGAAGGAUUAUCAGCCAUUAUUCCAUGUCCGAAAGAGAAUAUCUACAUUCUUAGCAUUUUAGAUGAUACCGACGUCAGCAGCAGAAUCCUAAACGUUAGCUUUUCUGCACGUAAGCCAGAAGGUUCAUUUUAUUCGUCGCAGUUCCUUCAGGAGAAAGUAUAUCUUAACAGAAUGACAUUAGCCAAAUUAUCCACUCUACAAGUGUUACCUUUUGACGAUAAUUUAUGCCUAAGAGAACCAUGUCUGAAUUUUGAACAAUGUUUGUCUAUAUUGAAAUUCGGAAACGCUUCCGAGUUCAUUCAUAGCGACAGUGUGCUAUUCAGACCGAUCUACCCUGUGUCGACUUUCGUUUGUCAAUGUCCCUUUGGUUAUACUGGAAGUAACGAACAUUAUUUGUGCGAUACAGAAGUGAACCUUUGUUAUUCUAAUCCUUGCCAACAUGGAGGAACGUGUAAACGUAAAGAAGGAGGAUACACGUGCUUAUGUCCAUCGCAAUAUACCGGAGAAAAAUGCGAAAUAGAUCUACUCGCUGAUAAAUGUCAACCUGGUGUUUGUCAUUCGGGUUCGACGUGUGUGCCUUUGACUCAAGGUGGAUUUGUUUGCGACGACUGCGCUCCCAAUAGCACUUACGACAAUUACGAUCGAAUUUGUCAACUGAGAGGUCGUAGUUUUUCAAAAAAUUCAUUUCUCACUUUCCCAUCGUUGAAGCAAAGAAAUCGAUUGUACAUUUCGUUGAGAUUUGCGACGUUAGAAGAGUCUGGAUUAUUGCUGUACAACGGUAGAUAUAACGAAUUGCAUGAUUUCAUUGCUUUGGAAAUCGUCGAAGGUGGUCAAGCUGUAGAGUUUUCAUUUUCGUUGGGAUCAGACGUUACUAGAGUUUCUGCCUCUCUACCCGGAGGAGUAAAUGAUGGCAAUUGGCAUACAGUUGUGGUAUCUUAUCACAACAAGACGGCUACUGUAUCUUUGGAUGGUUGCGAUACAACUUUGACCAUCAAAUAUGGACAACAAUUGGGUUACACGUGUGCUAAUUCAACGACGCAAGUUUUGGAACCGAGAUGUGCGAUUUUAACGGAAACCUGUCAUCGAUUUUUGGAUCUGACUGGACCCCUGCAAAUCGGCGGAUUACCUAUCUUACCAUCGUCAACUUCUUUUCAAGUUAAAAGUCGUGAUUUCGUCGGUUGCAUCGCCGAUGUACAUAUUGAUCAUAAAUUGCUAGAUUUCAAUAGUUUUGUGGCUGAUAACGGAACGGUAAUCGGAUGCCUGGAUAAACAUUCGCAUUGCUCUAGUCAACCGUGUCAAAAUGGCGGUACUUGCAUCGAGUCUUGGGGAACAUUCUUAUGCGAAUGUACCGAAGGAUUUAGUGGGAAAGAUUGUAGCCAAAACGUUGGACCUAGUUGGAGAUUUAAUGGAGAUGGUACAUUGUCGUUUAAUCCUUUACUGCGUCCGAUCCAGUUACCCUGGUCGACUAGUUUGUCUAUUCGUACUCUUCAGCAGGAUGCUUUCAUCAUGUGUAUACAAAUGGGACAAGGAGGAUACGCUUUGGUCACGCUCGACGCCGGAUAUUUGGUUUACAUUGUGGAUGGGCAGACUGCUGUGCUGACAACGAGUCGUUUGAAUGAUGGAUUAUGGCAUCGUAUUGAAAUAACAUGGUUAGCAGGAGGAGGUGUCCGGUUAUCCACUGAUUACGGUAAACGAUCCGUUAACCGAAUUAUGAACGCUAAAGUACAAGGACUGUACAUUGGAAAGGUCACGUUGGGCAAGAUGGAAGACCCUAAGGCAGAAAACAUCAAACUCUUACCAUUCAGUGGUUGUGUCCAGGAUAUUCGAAUCGGAUCGUCGCAAACGCUACAAAGACCAACGGAAGUGUUCAAAGUAAUUGAAGGAUGUGGCGGAACUAAUCCUUGCGAGACUGGUAAAUGCCCUAGUCAUAGCGAUUGCAUAGCAACCUGGGAGAAACACACGUGCAAAUGUCAUUCGGGAUACGUUGGACCCGCGUGUAAUCACGUUUGUGAGACGAAUCCCUGCGCAAAUGGUGCUCAUUGCGAAGCCGGUGUGGAUACACCUCGUGGAUACAGAUGUGUCUGUACUAGCGAAUUGUAUACAGGCGAAUAUUGCGAAAUUGAAGUCGAACAAAGUUGUCCAAUAAGUUGGUGGGGUCAUCCGGUUUGCGGUCCUUGCAACUGUCCGACCCAAUCUGGAUAUAAUCCCGAUUGUAACAAGACCAGCGGUGAAUGCGUUUGCAAAGAAAACCAUUACAAGCCACCUGGCUCGGAUGUUUGUCUACCUUGCGAUUGUUACCCCACGGGUUCGAUUGGUUCAUCGUGUGAUUUCGACACCGGCCAAUGUAAAUGUCGACCUAGGGUGGUAGGAAGAAGAUGUGAAGCUUGCCCGAAUGGGUUCGCUGAAGUAACCUUUGAUGGAUGCGCAGUUGUCUAUGACGGAUGUCCUCGUAAUUUCGCCGAUGGAAUUUGGUGGCGACGAACUGAAUUUGGUAAAGUAGCUGUGGAAGAUUGUCCUCGAGGAUCGCAAGGCAAAGCAUCCAGAUUGUGCGAUAAUACUUCGGAAGGAUGGCAAAACCCUGACAUUUUCAAUUGCACUUCGGAUUCGUUCACUUCCUUAAGAAGAAGACUGGUUGAUUUAGAGAGCGAAGGACUACAGUUGAAUACAUUUGUAGCGAUUGAAACGGCUGAUUCCAUCAAGAAGGCGUGUAAUAAUAGCGAUUUGUUGUACGGUGCUGACAUUUUGAUCGCUGAACAAAUCAUACAGCGGUUGCUGAAUUACGAAAAAUCGCAAUCUGGUCUGAAUCUCACCCAUAGUCAAGAUAAAGAUUACAUGCAGAAUGUUAUUUUGGGUGUGAGUCGAGUCCUCGAUAUGAAGGAGAAAAAUCAUUGGGAUGGAAUCAAGAAGUUGAUCAACGAAACGCCGGAAACAUUAUUAUACACAUUGUGGGAAUACCUGAUGACGUUGGCGACCAAUCAGCACGAUACUUACACGGAUCCUUUUGAGAUUGUUACUUCUAAUAUAGCUUUCGGUUUGGAUAUUGUUACUUCGGAAAGUCUGUUUGGUUAUGAAAGCGAUGAAAUUCAGUUGGAUGCUUCAUUAGAUAUACCCAGAAAAUUACAAGAAAAAGUCGUUCUACCAGAUACAUCUUCAAUUUUGGAAUCUAGUCUUCAAGUGAAUACGUUGAAAACAGGCUCUCAAGUUUUGGGUCUGAAAAGUGCGACAGGACCAACGGUUGUAUUCCCCAAGUACAAUAAUUAUUUGAUGGAUAAGUCGAAAUUUGACACAAAUUCUCAAAUCAUGAUCCCGAUUGAUUUAUUGGGUAUUCGAACCAUCAAAGAAGGAGAAAUAGGUUCGAAAGAAAUAUUCAGUAAAUCAGAUAACGCAGUAGUAGGAUACGCUCAGUACAAGAAUAUUGGUUCAUUGAUACCAUUACGUUACGAUGAAACUGUAUCCAAACGAUAUGGUGUAGAUUUAAUCGUCGGAUCUCCCGUAAUCUCUGUCAUUGUAGCGAUCAAUCAACACACAGGUAACGAAUUCAAAUGGAAACGAGAAACUGACAGCGGAAGCGAUGUGAUAACCACAAAUUUACUCGACUUGGUCCCGCUACCGGUUCCAGUACGGUUACGUAUUUGGUUAAAUCACGACGUAAUUACUCCUCUAUCAAAUCCUCAGUGUGUAAGGUGGACUAAUAUUAGAGGGUAUGGAGAAUGGACCAGAUCUGGAUGUUUGACCGUCGUUCCUGAUAUACCUUCUCAUAAACAUUCUUUACAACCUGUUUUGGUGAAUUGCACCUGUAACCAGCUAUCAACUUAUGCUGUCCUGGUCGACGGCAUCAAUGGAGAAUAUGUGGCGGAGUUCACGUUCAUUGAAGAUAUCGCAUCGUGGAUUGCAUUCACAAUGGCUAUAACAGCAUUAGCGCUGGCUUGCAUUUUAUUAAGCCUGUUGAGAGCCAAUACGAAUUCUAGUUCGAUAUGUAUCAGCCUUACGUUCUGUUUAUUGAUGACCCAGUGUUUAUUCUUGUUCGCCAUGAAGAGUCAAAUGUCCAUUGUGUCCAACGAAUUUUCGUGCAAAAUUGUCGCCAUGGGAUUGCACUAUUUAUGGCUGAGCGUGAUGUGUUGGUCACUAGUCAGUUCAUUGCAUUUGUAUAGAAUGUUGACUGAGAUGCGAGACGUCAAUCAUGGCCAAAUGGGAUUCUACCAUUCGCUAGGCUACGGAUUACCUGCCAUUAUCGUUGGACUUUCAGUUGGAGUGCGAGCCGAUCAAUAUGGCAAUUAUUUCUUUUGUUGGCUGUCUUUGUACGAAUCUGUGGUAUGGAGUUUAGUGGGACCUGUCUGUGUAUUAGUAAUAUGCAAAUUAAUCGUGUUGCUUUUAUCGCUUCGAGCGGCGUUUACUCUCAAAGAUCAUGUUGCCGGAUACGGUAACCUGAGGACAUUGUUAUGGCUAUCGGUGGUCUCAUUACCGUUAUUAGUGGCGGUUUGGAUGCUGGAAUUGUUGGCUGGUACAGAACGCGAUGUCAUAUUAACGUAUUUACUAUGUAUCGCUAUCGUGGUUCAAGCAUGGUUCACUCUGUGCGGAUACUGUUUCGGUAAUGCUAGAAUCAGAGCUAGUUUACAUCGUAUAUUGAUGAACUUAUUCGGCGGAAAAGUGCCACCGAUUCCGGACGAAGAUAUCGAUAGCCCGGUUAAAAGUACUAGUCAUUCGGUUCAUAAUCCGGUGCGUUCUUCAUUGGCGUAUCGAAACGCCGGCGUGAAUACUUUCGAAGCUGCGAGACGACAGAUAGGAAUAUCGACAUCGAGCACCACAUCCAGAUCAACGAAUAAAACGUGCAGUAGUCCGUAUCGAAGCGAUGUUCAAGUCCGUAAUACUUCAACGUCGACCAGCAACUAUGAACCGAGUGCUUCAGACGGCACCUCAGCUCUUCAACCAGUUCAGCACACAUCGGAUUCAGAUUCAGAGGGAUCGGCCGAAAGGCAAAGUUUGGAUUUAGCAUCAUCUCACAGCAGCGACGACGAAGAAUCGAGCAGAUCACGCCGUAAAAGAAGGAAUGUCGGAGUGUCAACGAAACCACCUCCUCAUAUGUCAUCCGGUUACCUGCCCAACGUAAUCGAAGAUUCGAUUGCCGCCUGUUCCGGAUCGUUGUCUAGAAUGCCAACUGUUCAGCCUCCAUCGCAUUUGAACGUAAUCGCCAAUUCGCAGUUAUUCCCGAAUUUGAAAUCGUAUCGAUAUUCGCCUCCCAGAUGGAAUGGCCAGAUAAUGGACUCGCAAAAUAUAGUCGAAGAAGACGAACCGUAUCCCCAUCGUUGGAACGAUACGAACAUGUCGGACGGUGAAAACAACGUGAUCGCGUCGCAUAUGCGUUUUGAAUCGAAACCACCGAUGUCGAUAGGCAGAAAAUACCUCGGCGAGUCGUCAGAUCCUAUGCAUCAUCACAUGUCCGAUAUGGAAUACGACAAUGGUAUCGAUACAGGCCCUGGUAAUAUAGAUGAAAAAUACUCAUUCCCGUAUACUGCCGAAGAAGACCAUUGCGGGUCACCAUACAUGAAUAUCCUUCGCGGAGCCGAGUUACCAGUUAGAAAAUUAAGCGCGUCUCAUAGUCCGAACCUCGAUCUAUGCCGAAUGAACGGCAACAGAUCGUCGAUGAGGAGUAUAGAUAGAGUCUACGAUGGCGCAGAAGAUGGCCGCAAUAUGCGUAGUAUGGAUAUAUGCGGCCAAGGUGGUCGCGGUCUGCAUUCGUCUCAUAGCAGCAUCGACCGGAAACGUGCCCUAGACGAAGUUUCCAUCCAUAGCGCUGGUCGAAAUUGCGAUCCGAUGCAUUUCGAUGGUGGUCUCAGAGGCACCGAUGAAACAUCUGUACGCAGUUUCAAUCUGAAAAGGGGUAGCGAUUUGUCGCUGAGGAGUGACGAUCCGAAUAGGUACGGUCGUAUGCCCAAUGAUUUGGAUCGCGAGUCGAGGAGAGGGAGCGAUGCCAGUAUCACGAUGUUGGGUGGCAUGGCCACGUUACCUAUGCAGAGAAGACCCUUUUACGCGUCCAACGAAUAUGGCAUCGCUAAUAUUUCCGAAUCUGAGAAAGAUACGAAUGAAGAAACGCGAGUGUAAAUUCAGCAAAAUAUAAAUAAGUAUUAAAUUUAUGUCAAAACUGCCUUGAAAUCAAUCCGAAGAUCAAUACGGUGUCAUAUCUCGCAUCACUUAUUGCAUUUCUUUUUUGUAUUUUUUUUUCAUGUUUUAUAUUUUUUUAUAAAUUUUUGUGUACCUACAAUUUUAAUUUCUUUUUUUUGUACAUUUUUUACACUUAAGCUUGUAUUUCUUUUUUUUACUUCAAUUCUUCUGUUGCAGUAUUUUCCUUUUCAUUUUGUGAUAUUUUUACAUUCCAUUUUAUUUUAUUUUUUCAACUUGACAAUUUGUGUGCAAUUUUUUAUGUAAUGUUUUCCCUCUCUCUAUCUGUACCAUAUAACUUAUUUACGACUUCAUAUCGUUGAUCUCACUUUAUGUAACUAUAUUUCUUUCUUUUUUCUCUCUGUUUUGAAUUAUCUAAUGAUACAAAAAAAGGUGGCGGUAUAAUUUAAUAGUAGAGUGGACUGAAUAAACGGACAAUCAUUGAUAAUAGAUGAGCAAUGUGCGCGCAAGUUUAUAUUAUUUAAAAAAGUGCCAUAGAAUCGAUUUUUAAAUUAGAAUUCUUGUUUUUUCCUUUAGUUCCUAAUAUUACUUGUAAUUACAUUUGUAUAGGUAAUUAUUCAUGGCAUUUAUAUUGUAUAGGAUAAAUAAUAAUACGAUUAUUUGCUCAUUUAUGUUUCACUCAACGAGGUUGUGCAUGUGUACUUAAUUAUUUUACGUAUGUGUACUCGUAUUUCUUUUCGCACAGAUUUACGUCUUCAGCAGUAUUAUUUUUGUAGCUUUUUUACGAAUUUAUUUUUUUAAAGCUUGUAAUUUACGUUUUCGUUUAGCGAAAUUUUUUGUGUAUUUUAAAGGCAAACAACAUAACGUAUGUCAAUUGGUACUGUAGUAAUUUUACGUAUAGUAGGACGUGUGAAAUCGAAUGUGUGUAUUUUUUUAUAUAUUUUCAACACCAAGUCUGGGAACGAGCUUACAUUUUUAUCUUUUAAAGUAGUUACGGAUAAAACGGAUUUUUUCGAGUAAGAAGCUGUGAUGUUUGAAAACGAUUUACAUUUUUAUGCGACGAAGGUGGAAAACGAUGACAAUUUUUUUUCUAGAGAUAGGUACUUGGCAUACUGCAUUAUUCUCUUUUUUAAUUCGAUCAAUUUUUUUUGUUUGUUUGAAUAUUGCAAUUUUCAAUUAACGAAUUCCAAAUAUAAUUUAUAAGAAAUA